CAGUUCUUGUGCGCAGGCAAAAAUCCUCUGAUCCUCCUUCAGUCGAAAGCCAUUUUCUUUUUGACAAAGCCAAAGACCCUACUGUCUUAGGAAGCCCGACUGCUAUACCCUUACAAUGUCCAACCGGAAGAUUCUCGUCGUGUUCGGUGCCACUGGCAUCCAAGGCGGUUCAGUUGUCCAAGCUAUCUUGCGCGAUCCUGUGGCCUCUAAAGAGUUCAAGGUCCGAGCCAUUACUAGAGAUCCUUCCAAGCCGGCUGCUGCAAGUCUGGCUCAAGAGGGUGCAAAAGUCAUCAAGGCCGAUCUUGGAGAUAAGGAUUCGCUCCGCCUCGCAUUGCAGGAUGCGUAUGCCGUCUUUGUUAUCACGAAUUUCUGGGAGAUUCUCGAUCCUGAGGCCGAGACAAAGCAGGGAAUGACCAUUGCGGAUGUUGCGAAGGAAUUGGAUGUCAAGCACUUUAUCUGGAGCAGCCUACCAUAUGUCUCCCAAAUCACCAACAACAAACUCACCGGAGUGGUCCACUUUGACAGCAAAGCCCGAGUUGACGACUAUAUCCGCGAACUUGCGAUUCCGCAUACCAUCAUCACUGUUGGCACGUAUACUUCGUUCGUCUUGGAGAUGCUGACACCUCUCCCGACAACGCCUCCCUCCUACGGAUUGUUCUUCCCUGAACCAGGGAGUGUUUACACAAGGGUGCCGAUUAUUGAUCCAACCGCGGAAUUGGGAAAGUUUGUCAAGGGUAUUCUUUUGAAUCCUCAAAGAUCACUCGGUCGAAGCUUUAAUAUCGCAGAGAGAAGCUAUUCACUUGUGGAGAUCAUUGCUGUUGCAAAAGGCCUGGGUGUGGACAUAGUUUACCAGACAGUUGAUAAAGCGUCCUUCAAGGCGGGCAUUGCUUCGAAGGGAUUGCCUGAGGUUGUUCAGGAAGACCUCUUGCAGCUCGUGCAGUAUACACAGGAGUACGGUUAUUUCGGUGGAUCCGGGUUUGAGGAGGGCCAUGAGCUUCUGCUCGAUCCCUUGACGACUCUGGAAGAAUCGUUCAAGAACAGUUCACUCUUCUCGUCACUAAAAAAUAAUUAGUGACCUUUCUUCAACGGAUUGGCAUGCUAGCAUGCUCAAUGGUACACUGUAAAUUUCCAGAUAUUGUGUUGGUUCUACUGGCUUUUUGAUCCAGGUGUGACGGAAAUACGCAUCAUCAGUUGCAGGGCUAUGUAUCUGUCUAUAGGCG